GUAGGAGCCCAAAAUAACCCAAAGGCAGUCCGGCGUGAGGCUGCCAGCGUCCCGGUGACUAGGCACAAGGUUUUUCUUAGUGAUUCCGGUACAAGAAAGCUGGUCCUGUCGCAGGAUGAGGUGCCCCGGUGAAUGACUUGUUGCUGCUCUGAGUUCCUUUUUCUUUAUUUACUUCUCUGGCCUGGAUGAUGGUGCGCAACGUGGAUGACCUUGAUUUCUGCCUGCCCUCGCACCCGCAGACCAUCCUGGAGGGUCUACGUUCCCUGUGCUCUCAGCCCAAAAUGGUGGAUGUGACGUUGAGCGCCGGGGGCCGGGACUUCCCUUGCCACCGCGGGGUCCUGGCCCUCUGCAGCGCCUACUUCGGCUGCAUGUUCUCAGGGGACUUUGCAGAGAGCAUCGAAGCCCGCGUGGAGCUCCACGAAGUCGAUCCAGAUAUUCUGGGAUCCCUGUUGGACUUUGCCUACACUGGGAAGCUGACCAUCAACCAGAGUAACGUGGAGGGUCUGAUCCGUACCUCCAGUCGGCUGCAGUUCCAGACCGUACGUGCGGUGUGCACGCGUUACCUUCAGCAUCAGAUCGACUCUACCAACUGCUUGGGCAUCUUGGAGUUUGGAGAAAUUCACGGUUGUCCAGAAGUCGUCGCCAAAGCGCGGGCUUUUCUUUUGGAGAACUUUGAGGUGGUCCAACUGGCUGAGGAAUUCCUGCUCCAGGAGAAGGACCGCCUGGUAUCCUGUCUGAGCCACGAGGGCCUGCAGAUCCGUUGCGAGCGCUCCCGUGUGGAAUCCGUUCUCAGGUGGGUAGGGCACCGGCGGGAGGCUCGGCUUGUCCACCUGCCGGAGCUGCUGGGCCUCUGCCGACUGGAGCUGCUCGACCCGGACUACCUAAGGGGGACCCUGAUGCAGGACGUUCUAGUCCAGGCCUCUGAUAGCUGCCGUGAGGCUGUUGAGAAGAUCCAUAUGGAGAAAAUGCACUUAUCUCCAGAACUUGGAGGCCAAGCGGAUACCCAAAGUCCGCAACCCAACCUGCAGGAGGUGCUGUUUGUCAUGGGCGGGCGCUCCCUGGACGACGACUCGGAUGAUGAUUCGGAUGACGAGGAUGGCGAGAGAGCAAGGGAGCGCAGAGCUCAAGCCAGGAAUUGUGCUUUCUACAACACCAAGACAAAACUGUGGCACGAGCUUCCAAAUUUCCCCAACCCCAACAAGUGGGGCUUCUCCAUGGUGUCACUGAAUAAUGACGUCUAUGUCACAGGGGGCUCUAGGGGCUCCAACACCAACACCUGGUCCACCACAGAGACAUGGAAGUACAUCACUAAGGAAGGGCGCUGGGUGACGGUGGCGCCCAUGCUCAGACCUCGGACCAACCACUCGUCGGCCACACUUAAUGGAGAAAUUUACGUCAUUGGGGGUACAACACUGGACCGUGUGGAGGUGGAGCGGUAUGACCCAUACCACAACACCUGGACUUCCACGUGUCCUGCCGUCAAGUACGUGACAAACUUCACAUGUACGGCAUGCCAGGGAAAGCUGUAUGUCAUCGGUUCCUGCGCCGUCAAGUACAACGCCUUGACCAUGCAGUGCUACAACCCCGUCAUAGACAGCUGGAUGACCAUUUGCUCGCCAUUCAUCCCCAAAUAUUUGUCUUCACCUCGCUCCGUGUGCAUGGAGGGAAACAUCUACCUGCUGGCGGACAACACCAAGAAAGUUUACUCCUACGAUCCUGACGCCAAUAUGUGGCAGAAGAUCCAACUGCUCCACAUGUUGCACGAGAACGGCGGCCUAGUGUCGCUGGACGGGAAACUCUUCGUGACGGGCGGCCACUGGAAGGGCAUGGAAGGUGACUAUGGUGUGGAGGUGGAGGUGUACAACAGGGCUUCUGACACCUGGGAAGUAGAGGGCUUCCUGCCCAGACUCUGGUUCUACAGCGGGGUCUCCACUAUUUUCCUCGACCCCGCCAACUGGCCUCGAGUCUUCCCUGCCGACGCCACGUAGAAUUAAGUAACAUGUUGAAACAAAUUAAAUUCGUAAGUCAGGUGCUAGGUAAAUGUUUUUUUUAGAUUGUGGGAAGGGCUCAAGAUCUCACUCGCUUUGUUGUUGUUGUUCUUCAAGACACUAACUAAAAUUGCUACUACUCCAUUAUUCGUGGCCGGGUCAGAAUAAAAUUUGGUAAGCAUAUUCUAAGCAUAUAUACACAUCGAUCCUUGGAGCGGGAUUUUUUUAUUUAUUUUUGUCUUAGGUCUGAUUAAUUAAUUGCAGACUUGUUAUGUAAUUAACUCCAGUUAUCCUAAAGAUGGCAGUACAAUGUUGCAUCUUGUUUGGGUACCAGGUUGUUGUAGUUCAUUUGAACUUGUUACAUGUUAGUAAGCUUUGGUGCUGUUCUGUAAAUGAAAAUGGAGAAUUGGGGCGGAGCAGGAAUUUAUAAAAUGGUAAUCGUACAAUAAUUGAGUUACACCGCGGUCAAAUGUUUUGAAUCAUUUCAUCACUUACUGUAAGUAUCUCAAAACAUUUGACCAGGGGUGUAGCAGUUUUUAGGGUGAAAGUUAUGCAAAUAAGCUUGAUUUUUUUUUUUUUUAAGUCAUAUUUCUGUGACAGUUUUUUUGAAGUUCAUUUUCUAUGUGAUGCUUAUUUUAAGAAAAAAUGUGUUUUAUAGUAAAAAAAAAAAAAAAAUAGGGAAGAUAAACAACUUUUGGGGGAAAACUAAGAGAAUUAAAAGGUAAUAUUUCUACAAGAAAGUUGUAUUUAUAAAAAUUAUGUUUUUAAAGGGUAUUAUUAUGACAUCUUUUUAAGAGUCGAAAUUUGUAUUUCUCAAGGAAAAAAGUGCACAGUGAUUUUCAUACUUUUUCUUGGAAACUUGGGGGAAAAACUUUUAAGUUGUCAAUUAAUAACAAAGAGUAUAUUUUUCUCCCAAUAAGUUAUCAUUUUAAAGUGCUCAUAUUUUAGUGUGCCACUAAGAUGAAGUUAGUUUAACUGUAUUUGUCACAUAUUUUUUCGAAGAAAGUAAAAAAAAUAUAUAUAAUAAAAUUACAAAAAAUUCAUUUUUGGUAAAUGAUUUUUUUCAUACUU